AAGUCUAAUGUUAAACUACGUCUUUCUCCUAAGGCCAUCUUAACAGUAUUUAUAGGCCCUGAGCACUACAGUAUUUAUUUAUAGACAGCAAGCCCUGGCAUACACAGAAUAGAGAUGGACAAUUGUACCCGUGAGAUUUUCCAGUGUCAGUUGUGGCGCUUUAUUUCAGGAAUGAGAAAUGGCCGCUGUGCUCGAUGCUCUACUUGACGGCAAAUGUGUCCCGUUGCAAGUUAUCCAAUGGAUGAAAAUGGAAACGCAUCAGCCUCUUUUACCUGAAAUUCUUAUUAAUCUUCAAUAUGAAAAAAAGGAAUUUAUCCCAUACUUUCUGAACUAUUUAAGAGAUCAAACUUUUCACUUGCUCCAUAACUCUAAAUCAGUAAGCCCUUCACCUUCGAAAUGUGAUUCCAGCACACCUGUGGCUACUUCAAAAAGGUCAAGGUCAUCUUGCACAAGAACUCAGUUAUUUCCAAAUUCAGAUUUUUGCAGAAAUUCAGAUAAUUAUGCAGAAAAUUUCCCAAAAUUAAAUGCAGAAACAUCAUCUGAUCAUUUGGUGACAAGUGUGAAAUCAUGUCUUUCAAAUACAACCUUGACUACUGUUGAAAAUUUAGCAAUCCGUAAACGUUCAAAGAAAGUUCCAAAUAAAAAGAUGUUUUACCCUAUUGAAACAGCAGUGGACAACAACAAAGAAGUUCACAUUAAUUCAGUCAAUAUUGAGAAAGAUUCAUCGUCAUGUUCAUCUUGCAAAUUGUCCAAUCAGAAAAAGCGUAACUGGAAAACACAACAUACUGAUAAAAAAUGCCAAAACCAAAAACACAAAUUGGAAAGCUCCGGAUAUCCAAGAAAUCAAGUUUUAGCACCUUUUUUAGAUCAAGCUGUUAAUAAAUACCAUAAUUGUAUGAAACCGUCUCGACGAAUUAAACCUACUCCAGUGCAAGCAGGAAUGGAGCGUAAACAAAACCAAGCUUUUAUUGAAUCUUCAGAAAAUAAAUGCAAUUCUAUAUCUUUAAGAAAUGAGGAAAAUAAACAUAAUGGAUUAUCGACAAGUUUUCAGGAAGAAAGAGCUUUGCUAAAAAUAGAAAAAGCAAAACUUCUUGAGGCUGCAACUGUUCCCUGGAAUAUUACACCGUCUUCCUUCAGCCAUUCACCAAUUAAGAAUUCAAAUGUUGAACAAGGAGAGAUGAUUGAAGCUAACCUGUCUCUUGUUACUAACCACAAAAAACUAGAUACUCUUAGUCAAAUUUAUUCUGAGUGUCUUUAUGCUGCACUUUUUCCCAGUUUGACUGUAGAGAUAUUUUUCCUUGUGCAGUUGUUAGUAGCAAAAAUUUCUGAAAAGGCUGUUACAGAUUCUACACCAGAUAAUUGCUCUGGUCACAACUAUUUGAAAAAUAUCCACAAUAUUGUGUACUUCAGUGUGCAAGCAUUGCAGAAUUUGUUACCGUUGCUGCCAUUAUUAGGGAAAACUAUUUUAAGAUUACUCUGUGACAAUCCUAGAAUUGGACAUUUUUCAUUAUCAUUGAAGAGUAUUUUAUGUCAACUUCAUGAGACUGAUUGUUCUUCAUUGCAGAUGUCUCCUGUUUUAUUGCAUUGUUCUAUUGGAGGAGUCCCAUUCCAGGCAGAAACAGACAAUCGUAAUAAUUUUCCUUCACCCAAAGCUUUUUCAACUUUUAGAGCACAACGGGAUCAUUUUUAUGAGCUUAUACGUGAAUGGAAAGACAAUCAUGAGAAACCACAGUGGUCACUAACUUCCAUGCUGAAUAAAAAGAUGCACUUGGUUCUGUCACCUGAUUCAGAAUUAGCAAAUUAUUGGCACCUUGCUAAAUUAUUUGUUUCACAGCUUAUCAUUAUGUACCAUGAAGACAAUAACAUGUCCCUUGAAGGAGAUGAAGAUUCAAUUUCAUUUUUGUCACAGCUCAGAAAAUCAAAUCCUGAAAAGUUUAAACUGUACGUAUCUUUUUUGUAUUGUUUCAGCCAUAGGCUUUAACCUUUGAUCUCAAAU